GAUAAAAGUUACUUCACAAUUAUUAGUAAUUUACAUCAGCUGUCAGAUCUUUCUGUUACAGUGUUACGCCCUGCAUAUUAUAUACCUAUAUAUCUGUACUGAUGACAUAUAGUAGUUUAUUGGUAAUAUAUUUAAGUAACCCUCUACAUAUAUGUAUUAAUUAUUUAAUUAUUGUUAUCUCUCAAAAAAUGGGUUACUUAUCUAUAUGCUUAUGAUAGUAGCCUUUGAUACUAACUAGUAAGUAUAAAAUUAUGUAUAAGAAUGCUAAUUGUAUUGAGAUAAAAAUGCAAUAUAGUAAUGUAAUGUAAAUGUUAGCGACCAGUUUUUUUUUCAGUUUUAUUUUGGACCGGUCAACAAUUUUGUGUCCUCCCCUCUCAAAAACUGAAAUGACGCCACUGAUACCUACCACUAUACCAGGGGGUUCAAGGGUUAUUAUUAUGCCUACACUCAGAUUUGACUGGUGGGUUGGGUGUGUAGAUUAUUAUUUUCAACACACUAGAGAAAAAUAUACUGUGUGCCACUGCUAACAACAACGAAAAAGUAAAAAACUGUGAUUAGAAUCCUAAUUCUUAAUAAUGAGUAGGUAAUGUUGGUCAUUAGUAAUGAGUCAUUACUAAUGACUAACUUAUAUAGUUGUACAUCGGAGGUGAUAUAGAAACAUUGUAAAAACCCAUCAUCGUCAGUAUACUAAUAAAAUAUACCGUUUAUAUACAUUUGUAAAGCCGUCAAAAAAGCCAUUUACGAGAUCCACGGUUUAGCGGUUUACAAUACCCUCGGCGGCGGUGGUUGUACGCACGAAAUAAUUGUUUCUGUGCAAAAUCAGUUGCCUAUUUCCAUGCGUACCGAACUGUGUCCCGAGGGAUCGUCGCAGUACGCGUGCAACGUCAUCGUCGAAAAACCAAAGUGUACCGAAGACAAAAGAACAAUGGAAAUAAAAUAUUUGGUAACAUUGAACGACAAGGCCAAUUAUUUGGCUCGGAUCAGAACUAGCAAGAAAGGUCGAGUCGCUCUGCGCUACCAAAAACUAUUAGCGAGAAUAUCCAAAGUCUUAGCUUCAAACCUUAACAAAACGUUGACAGUUCAAAUAAUGUCCAAGUUGUCGUUGAUCGACACACAUUUUGAACCGGAUUACAGCCGAAUGAAUAUAAAAAAAUUUGUCUUCUGUGCGCCCGGUUUCGGUAUUCGGGAGGUGUUCUGCGCUGCUUGUCCGCCGCACCAUUACAGCCCGGAUAAAUCGAUUGAAUGUUUAAAGUGCGCCAAGGGUUUCCAUCAGCCGGUUGCCGGAUCGGAGAAGUGCGUCAAGUGUCGAAAUAUUUUUGCCAAUGGCUGUUAUAUGAAAGAAGUUUCACCAACAGUUUAUUGGUUUGUGGGUUUAUUAAUUAUAUCAAUAUGUUCAGUCGUCGUGAUUUCCUGUGCAUGUUGUUGCCGUGAAGAGAACGAAAAAAACAUAAAAAUAAUACCAAGGAAAAUAAGAAAAAAAUUUAAAAAAACUAAAAAGUACAGUAUGGCGUCUCCCCCCCAAACAGGAGAAACAUCAGACAAUAGUAGUAUUAUUAGUAAAGGUUAUGGUAAAUUAAAAAACCAUUUAUCAAAGUUUAAAAAAAAAUCUAAACCUAAAAUAAUCGAUUCAAAAAUACCAUUCAAUAACGUACACGAAAAAUAUGGUCAACGGAUUCAGGAUGAUAACCUUACCGAAGAAAAUACAAUAACUGAUUAAUUUUCUAUUUUUGUAAAAACUGUAUAUAAUUAUUUGAUUUCUUAUUCUUACAAUUGUAAUACAUAAAUCUCUUUUUGUCUUCAUAUA